UGUCUAGGCAACGGUAAUGCGCUCCUCUGACUGGGGCUUCGUGACGUGUCAACUCGGAAGCGGAAGGAAACAUGGCUAGGAAUGAGGAGAAGCAGCACGGGAGGCUGAACCGGCUCUGGCUUCAGAAGGCUAAGGAAGAGGGCCACAUCAAGGACAUUAACAGCAACAGGCCUAGGUUGUCUGCCUUACAUACUGCUUCAGAUGUGAAGAAAUGGAUCCCUAGCAUUAAAAAUGAGAUAGAAUACUAUUUAGAGCAAUCCCAGCUUACACACUAUUCAGAGAGAAAAAUAAAAGAUUUCCAGGACAAAAUUGAAACACUGAAGAAAGAGUAUCAAAGUUAUCUGUGGAAGUUACGCAGGUUGGACCCUUCCUGUAAAGAUCAUCCUUGGAAACUGAGAGGGUAUAAAAGAAAGAGGACAGAGGAAGAGAAAGUGCCAUCUUGGGUAGAAUCAGGAUAUCACACUGGUGCCAAGUUACUCUGCACACCUAUUCUCAAUGACUUUAAUCAAGAAUCCUACACAGACUCUGAAGAAGAAACCUCGACCCCUGACAAAGGAGAGGAUAAAGCAACCAGACCAGACAGUCCAAAUAUCAGUCUUGAUGUUCAGGAUAAACCUUUAAUUUUUGAUAGUAAAAAAUCCCAUCCAAAGCAUCUCUGGCUCAGGUCAACUUAUAGUCUAUCUGCUCGUGGCACAAACCAAAUAAAAGACAUUCUCCUGUCAAAUAAUCCAGAACUGAAAGGGACCAGCAGUAUGCCAACUAGUCAAGAGGAUACUGCACAAGGACCUGUAAGUGGUGGCAAGUUGAAUGGGAUUCUGGGGUUGGACUGUUACACCUCUUCUGAAGAUGAUAGCUGAUGAAACCAGUUUACAACCUAAAGCUGAUAAACAGUAUGAGUAAAAAGAGAAAAAAAUAAUUGCCUAAACUGCCAACUGUAAUAAAUAUGAAGGUACAUUUAGAACUGGUAAGCCCUAGCCACCAUGUGUAUUAUAUGUGAAUGGUAGAACUGUGACUGGUAAAUAUAGUGGUAGCACUGUGUUCACUAACCGACACUUUGGAGUUGCUACAAACUAUAUAUACAGCCAUUAUUUGCACACACAAAGGAAAAAAGCUAUAAUUGCCAGUGCUUGUGUUCAGCCAGUGUGAAUGGAUUUCACUAUGUUGUGGCAAUUUUCCUUUAGAAAUUCUCUAUUGGAAAAAAAAAAAUGUUCAUAUCUUUAGAAAUGUAGUCAUAUGUGCAAAUAGUCAGAUAACUACUCUAUUAAAGGGAUAUUGGUGUCAAUUAAUUAACCACCUUUUUCGUAAUUUUGUUUUAAUGUUCUAAUGUUAUUGUUAUAACAUUAGAUACAGAUUUUUAUAACUGACCUUUUCUGUUUUGUUUCAGUCAUAGCUUUUAUUACAUAGCCAGACAGUUUGGACGCAUAUCUGGAAUCGCUGCCAUAAAACAAGUCAAGAUAGCAGUUAAGAAAAAUAUACCUUUUUGACAUGA